CAUCUAGAAGCAUCUGAUUACUAUUGAUGUCCACAGAGUAAUGCCAAGACACAGGAGUGUUUACCUGAUGCAAUGAAAGCAAUGCUUAGAGCAAUGCAUGGACAUGGCCAUUCAUGUAUCUGGUUGACAGUAUUGGUUUUCCAGUACUGUUUCCAACAAAGUGCUUCCUUGAUUUACUGGACUGCCUAUGUGGACGUUAGAUACUUUGACAGAGAAUCUAAUGAAACUAUAAGCAGUGUAUGUGAGUGUGGUGCGUUUGGACAAAACUCACCCUUGGAACCAGCUUCUGGACUAAUAGUGCUUCCUAAUACGGAUCCUCUGGCAUGCUCAAGAAACACUACUUUCACCUCAAGUCACCAGCCAUGGAUUGCCCUGAUAAAAAAUGGAAACUGUACCUAUUCAUGGAAGAUAAAGGCUGCCCAGCGACAUGGAGCCUCUGCUGUGGUUAUUUACAAUAUAGAUGGAGCAGGAAAUUACACUAGCCUUAUGCCCUAUACAGGUGCUGAUGACAUAGUUGCCAUCACGCUUGGCAAUAUUCUAGGCACAGAAAUCACUAAUCUGACCAAGAAUGGCUCAGAUGUCUAUAUGGCGAUUACUGUAGCCAAUAAGUAUGGCCUUUGGUACAACACUACAUGGGCAUACGCACUGUCUUUCACCUUCAUUGGAAUAACAGCCAUCACUAUGUUCUACUUUGUUUUCCUGCUCAUCAAACGAAUGUACAUAAAACGACAACUUCGUAUGCAACAGAGGGAGAUGAAAAAAGUGGCUGAAAAAGCAAUAGCAAAGUUGCAAGUGCGGACUCUGCGGACAGGUGACCCGGAGGUUGACUCAGAGGACAUUACCUGUGUGGUGUGCACUGACUCAUUCACACAUAAUGAACAGGUCACAGUUCUACCCUGCAGACAUUUAUACCAUAAGAAAUGCAUUGAGCCUUGGCUCCUGGAACACCCCACCUGUCCCAUGUGUAAAUUUAAUAUCCUCAAAUUCAAGAUUGAUGAGGAGAGUGAUGAGCAGCCCUCAUCAUCACCAUCGAACAAUCCAUUCUGUUUAGCUGCAGUAAUGACAGUCACAUCAGCAGACCAACACAACACAUUAGGCUCAAGCACUCAAACAGCAGAAAAUUGAGAGCCGAUGACGCUAAGCAGAGUUGCAGGUUCUGGAGGCCUAGGCAACACCGCGGUGACGAGCGGUGGAGGCGGAGCCAGAGCACCCAAGGACUGGGGCAAUGAUGUUGUGACCGAGGACAGAGGCGUACCUGGCGGGAAGAAGGAAGGGGUGGAGUGUCGACGCAUACCAGAUGGCCCAAAAGUCCAUGGCGAAGGCAGUGUGACGAUUAGGGUUGGGAAUCGUGAGAAAUUUUCCGGUUCCGAUUCCGAUUCCGGUUCUGCCUAACGAUUCCGGUUCCGGUUCCAUUAAAAUAAUUAAACCACUAAUAAAAAAAUAGUAGUAAGGGAAAAAUGCACAAUACUCGACUCAAACAGUCCUUUGUUUAUUAUUCUUGUAAAAUGACUGUUAAUCUCAACAAAUUCGCUAACACUUUACAAUAAGGUUCAUUAGUUAACAGAAGUUAACUACAUUAACAUGAACUAAUAAUGAACUGCAUUUCUACAGCAUUUAUUAUUCUUUGUUAAUGUUAAUUUCAACAUUUACUAAUACAUUAUUAAAAUCAAGAGUUGUAUUUGUUAACAUUAGUUAAUGCACUGUGAAGUAACAUGAACAAACUAUGAACGGCUGUAUUUUUAUUAACUAACAUUAACAAAGAUUAACAAAUACAGUAACAAAUGUAUUGCUCAUGGUUAGUUCAUAAAUUAACCUUAUUGUAACGUGUUACCUCAAAUUAGAUAAGAUGCUUGAACACACAUGUAAGAUUCAGACAGGUGAAACAAUAUUUUUGUGAGUUGGAUUCAUAAAGACUUGUUUCUGAAAGAAUGAUUCAGUGAUAGACACAUUUUUAACAGUAAAUUUGUUGCCACCUAGUGGCGUAACAAUGCAAUCGAUACAGUCGUUAUUUGAAGUCCAGUUACUUUCAGAAGGUAAUUUUUUAUACAUAAACAUCAGCGUUUCUAUCUGAAUAAUAAGCCAUAAUAUAUAUAAUAUAAUUGGAAUAGGCCUAUUUGUCACACAGAAAUAAUGAUACUGUGCAUUUGAAAAGAUUGUUUGUGAAGCUGUUUAUAUCUACACAUGACAACUCUCUUUAGAUCAACGGCAGCGCGAACGCAGAUUUGAAUGUCGCAAUUUUAUUUUGUUCAAAUGUUUAAUAUACAUGGGCGAAUCGUUGUCAUUUAGGAAUUAGAUCAUGUGGCUGAUGAAAUCGAGAACGUGAUCUUUUAAAGAUUAAUCGUGCAGCUUUGGGCACCUCUCUCUCUCUCUGCAUUGUAAUCUGACGUAUAUGAGUAGCGCGAGGGCUUUUCAGUGCAUUCAUUGCUAUAAUAUUCAUGAUGUGAGAUGUCUCUAUUAAAGGAUACGCUCCCCGCACUUCGCCCACCCAUCACACCAGAACCGUUUUCGGAACCGAAACUUAGAAAUCUUGCACGGUUCCGGUUCUUUUCAAAAAACACUACCGGUUCCGGAUGAGAACCGGUUCUCGGUUCCCAACCCUAGUGACAAUAGACCAAGGAGGAGCCGGUGGGAUGAGGGAACCUGGGAGAGCCACUAGGCUGAGGGUCUCUGGUGGAGCUUAAUGUGGGAGGAGCCAGGGCAGAGCCGACAGGUUGACAGGCCGAGAUGGAGCCAAGAGGGACAGGUGCUGUUAGUGGUUGCAUGACCUGCAGGUCGACAUCCUGGCAGGGCAUGCCCAGAGACGGCACAGGGCUGCAGACAUCUAGUAGUGAGGGGGCUGGAGGACUGGCUGGGCUUUGUGGUGACUAAAAGAAGAGACUUGCUAAAGCUACAGGCACAAAUGACACAGUCUAUGCAGGUUAAUGAAAAUAAAAGCUCUCAGUCCAAAAAUAGUUGUUCUUCCGCACAAACUGACAGAAUAUUGUCCAAACAAUUCUCAUAGUCUACAACAGAUUCAGGUACCAUGUGGGAUAGGGUGGGAACCAAUAAGUCUCCAUUAAAGUCCAUCAGCCAGUCCUCAGAUUUCGUUCCCUCGGCCGCUGAUGUCACAGGCUCACCCCCUGGUCAGAUUCACACUGAGACUCCACUUCUGGGCAGGCUCUGGCUCAUUCGUCGCGACGGGUGGUGUUGCUCAAUCUGCGGGGGGCUCUCGUGACUUCUCCAUAGUCACUUGGGUCAAAAUUUGUUCUGGGUCUGGCUGGGUUCCGAAUCGAGACACAACGCUCUCCAGAAACCGAAUGACGGUCUCCCUCCAGUCUAGUCCAGUGGUGGUGGUGGAACAUUGCCCCAAUCCGGAACAGGGUUUUUAGGGUCUCGUCGUCCAGAAGGCAGUUGCUGGCCAAAAAACUAAAAUUCUUUCUAAAAGAAAAUAAUUCAGGGCUCUCCUGAGCCAUGAUGAUAAACUUAGCCCUAUCGUCCAUUUGGGCUAGUCCGAUCAUCUGCCAUGGUUGCAGGGAUACAGGUGAAGGCAGAUUAAUAAAGUUCAACACAACAAAGUUUAAUAAUAAAUCCAAACAGGCAGGCAGACAGACAAUUGCAAAACACACUUAGCAUAAUGGUGAUCGGGGCAGAAAAUGAAUGUGAGGGACCAACAUAUAUAGCAAACACAAAUGAGGAUGAUUAAAGGAACACAGCUGAUACAUAUGAACUAAUAAUGAGGAGGGGGAAAACAGAACAAGGAACGCAUGAUGAGAAUGUUUGUGAAGAGACAGCGAUGUCAUCCACCAUUCAUUUUAGAAGAAAAAUGACAGGCUCAGAAUGGGGGACUGAAAGAUGUUGUCUGCAGCUGAGAAUGUAACACUCGAACACCACUGACUUAACCUUCACCUCCCUAAACUUCUGGACCAAGGUCUCCACGGCAGUGCCAAAAAAUCUGGAAGGCGAAACCGGGGGGUCAAGGAGAAAUGAUUUCUACUUCUCCUUUAGCUCUGACAGGUUAAGCCAUAAAUGCCUCUCCGUUGCGAAAAGCAGCAAGCAAGCAGCCGGUGGCACAAGGUCGGUCUUGGCACAAGGUCGGUCUUACACAUCCAGUAAUUCCCUGUAUGGGGGUGACAAUGAGAAGGCGGGCUCAUAUAAUACAUCUGCCUCAACUCCAGUCACAUCUAAUUCCUCAGAACUAGAGCGGCUAAGCAGCACACUCUCUGCCAAACCGGAAGAAGACGGCAAGCUGGCUUCCGGAUUCAGCGUGAGAGCCUCGGAACUGGCAACAGAGGAUCUGGCUCGUCAGCCAGAUCUAUCUGCGAGCCUCACGAUCAUAAACACCACACUGCCUCUGCAGCAGCGGAUCCCGAAUCACAGGGUGCAGACAUCUGGCUCCCUUACCCCGUAAAUAGAGCCAGUCGGGAAUGAGGCUUCUUGACUGUAAAGUUAUCACAGUGAGCACAGCCAGCCCCUUUGAGGGCUGCCCGUGCAUGCUCUGCUCCUAGACAUAUCACACAAAUCAUGCGUGUCGUUUGGUGUGAUAUAUCUCUCACACGGAUAUAUCUCACACACAUUUUUUAAACCUGCAUUCAUUCAUUUUCUUUCCUUUCUUUUUCUUUGAAAUACACACAGACUUAUGCACACGCACACACAAACAAACGGCUUCCUGAAGACAAAGAAGCUGAUGAUGUGUUCUCUAGGCGCCUCUUAUAUAGCCAGCUGGCGCACAUGUGACUCAUAAAGUUUUACCAAUCCAGUAUCGACAUCUUAUCUACUCAGCUGGAGGCUCAACUAUUGAGUACUGAUGUGUGGAACCAAGGACUGUGCAUGAACCCAAACAGUAACCAAAUAUAGUAAAAACCAAUAAAAUAAGAAAAAUUUAAAUAUAAUUCCAGAAAAACAUAAAAUUCUGCAGUAAUCCUAAAACAUAGAUUUGUAAAGGUUAUCAGAAUAAUGAAUAAAAUAAACACAAUAUAUAAGCAUAACCUCAAUCAACAUAAAUACAGCAGUAACCUGAUAAGCCUUUGCCAUUAUCAAUAUUAUGCUGGAUUAAUCUGUAUAUGGUGUAUACUGAUGACUCAUAGUUAUUGAUUUUUCUUUACAGCAGCUCUUGGACACACAUCAGACUGUGUGUACUGUGAACCGGAUAUCCAGACACAAUACAUUUAUGAGAACCAAGCAUUUGAAGAAGAACCAGAGAUAAUGGAGCAACAGGACAUCAACAGCCAAGAUUAAUAUCUUGAAUAUCACAAACAGCCAAAAAAGUGUGUGAAAUGUGUCAAACAGAAUUGCAUACAAAAGAGAAGAAACCUAAUAUAUAAAUAUAACUAUAUAUAUAUAAAUGAUUAAUUACUGUGACAGCUUGCAUAACUGUCAUGAGCUCAGUAAAACUUGUACUGUAAGUGAAUCUGUUUUAAUGCCAUAACAAGAGCUAGCUGGUUUUAAACUGAUAUAAGUUAAAUCAGUUUAUAUUAAUUUUCCAAUAACUGCAGCUAAAAAAGUCCCAGUCAGGUCUUGAUUACAUUACAGUUCCAUGUCACUUUUAAAGACGCUUGCAGUGCAUCACUGCAACAGAACCACAAACACACAAAUACACACACACAAACUCUAAGUAAAUUUGACAAUAGGAAAAAGUGAUAAACAAAUUUAUCUUGCUCUUUUUCUCCCACACACAUACAGAUAUAUGGACAUUCACAAAAACACAUUAGCGCUUCCCCAUGACCAUGGAAGGCCAAAUUAUCUUUUGAUCUCAGUAAUGUUAACUAGUAAGAAUUUCAGAGAGAUCUCUGUCAUUUAAUUUUUACUAGCAAAAACCAGUGUUGGUUGUAAUGCAUUACAAGUAAUGAGAGUAACGUAAUCAGAAUACUUUUUCCAACUAAACAAGUAAAGUAACGUAUUGCUUUAAAAUUUACAACAAAAUUACUUUUUCAAUUAAGUACCAUAAGUUACUUGGUUUUUCCAUUUAUUGGCUGACAUCUCUCCUUGUCCCCAUGUUGAAAGAAAUCAUGAGUAAGUGAAGAGGUGUUGUGUGCGCUGUGUAAACAUGAUUGUGAGCAUGCAUUUACUCAUCUCACUUGCACAAAAACAGAUUCAGUAUUUAUCAACAUGAAUGAAAAUUAUUAUUCAUAUACUGUACAUUAAUUAAAUCAUUAUUUUCCUGUUAAUCACUGUUUGCUGCUUUAACCCUCUAUGGAACUAAUUAUGAAAUCACAGUUAGAAAAAAUGAAUCACUUUAUAUUUUACAUACAUUUAAGGCUAAUAUAUAUAUAUAUAUAUAUAAAUAUAUAUUUUUAACUUUGACCUUUUUUAAGGGUUUCAUUUUAAAAAUUAAAAAGCUUUAUUAACA